AUGACUGGUAUUCUGGAUAUCACUGGUAAUCGGAAACCUAUCACGAAGCCUAGCUACUAUGGCCCCGCCUUGCACAGAUUGAUCAAGCUACGCUUUAGAGCUGAGAUCGAGCUGUUACUUGGUAGCAAGACCAAUAAAAACAACCAGGCAGGCUUGAGUCUCAUAGCUCUGGAGCUGGGUAAUAAGCUUAAAGAAGUUGGUGUGAGUAGCCACUUCAACAAAGAUCCAGAAGAAGAGGCGGCUUAUGCAGAAUGGUCCAUCACCACUGAGCCGAGUGUCCCCGCACAAGAGGACCAAAGUUUAUAUGGUCUUGAGUUAGUCUCUCCCAUUCUGAUCUUUCAGGAACAUUCCACGUGGCAUGAACAGAUGGACGCAGUGUUGUCGGUACUGGAACGCAAUUUCAAGAUCGAACCCACGGAUGAAUGCAGCACCCACAUUCAUGUUUCCCCUUUCAACGGUCCCUGGACUUUGGACCAAGUCAAGAAAGUCGCAAAGGCAGUUCUGUAUUUUGAGCAGUCCGUUGACUCCCUCAUGCCGGAAGAACGCCGCCUGACGCCAAAUAUUCCAUCGGUAGCUUUGAACAUGUGCGCCUACAAGAUGAGCAAACGCGACAAGGAUGGCAACGACAUGUACACCUUUGACUACCCUUUCCGCUGGAACUUCACCCCUCUUUUGGAAGACGAUAUUGGAACAGUGGAAUUUCUUCAACCGCCCCAAUCUCUCAGCGCAAAGGACACUAAACGCUGGGUUACUCUCGCAGCUAGCUUUGUCCAAGCAGCUCUCUUGGGCACAGACGAUUUGGAUCCCAAUCAUGUUCCUGGACCUCUAUGCCAUCUAAAGAGGUUCUUACAACGGGGUGCUAAUGCUGCAGACAUUCCCGACAUGAGCAUCUUGGCCGAACUCUUCAAUGGCAAGACUUUGCUGAACACAACCACAUUGGUUGUUCGGGAGCUGCCUCCUCACCUCCUAGCCAUGUUCGACGAAAAGGGCAAGAAGAAGAUUAUGCAGAAGAAGCUCAAGGCUUGCGAUGAAGCCGAGGACAAAUGA